AGACAGGCUGCAGAAUUUAGAAGCUAUUUGAUCAUGGGCGGACUUCUUUGUUGCUGAGAGUCUCCCCGGUAAACUUGGGACUCCGCGGAAGAGGGAGGCAUGGCUGCGAUUAGAGACUGGAAGAAACAUUAAAUCUGUUACAAAAUCCUGGAAGAUACUGUGAAGAAUCAUGGAAGAUAAAAGACAAAGAGCUAGAGUACAGGGUGGCUGGGCUGGACCUGCUAAUAUUAAAAGAGCCUCUCGUUCAGCUUCUGAGGUUUCAGAUCCCAGUAAUCAAGUCAUUUCAAGCAUUGCACAAUCCCAGGUGAGAAGAGCAAAGCCAAUUCCAUCUGAAAGGCAGUUUGCUUUUAAAGCACCAGAAGAGGUGGUGCGACAAGUCCCAGCGCCCGUAAUAAUAGAGAAACAGGGUCAGUAUGAGAUCAGCGUGUUGCCAUCAGGAGUGUCUCGGCUUCUUUUGAUACCUGACUUCAUUGAUGCAAAAGAAGGUGACUGGAUGUUUGAACAGCUCCUCCAGGAGGUCCCUUGGAGGCAGAGAACACAUAUCAAACAAGAUUUAUCUUAUGAGGAGCCCAGACUCACAGCAUGGUAUGGUGAACUUCCAUACACUUACUCUUGGCUGACGUUGCAACCAAACCCUAAUUGGCAUUCACUGUUGACCAUGCUGAAGGAUCGCAUUGAAGAGGUCACUAAGCACACCUUCAACUCUCUGCUCUGUAAUUUAUAUCGAAAUGAGAAGGACAGCGUGGAUUGGCACAGUGAUGAUGAGCCUGCACUGGGAAGGAACCCUGUCAUUGCCUCACUCAGCUUUGGCGCCACCCGGAUGUUUGAGAUGAGGAAGAAACCCUUACCUGAGGAGAAUGACGAUUACACUUAUGUGCAAAGAGUACGUGUACCGCUGGAUCACGGAACUUUGCUAAUAAUGGAAGGAGCUACUCAAGAAGACUGGCAGCAUCGUGUACCCAAGGAAUACCACUCCAGGGAAGCUCGGAUAAAUCUGACGUUUAGGACAAUGUAUCCAGACUUGGAGGCAGUAUGAACUUGAAAAGAGGAAUCUGUCAUACUGUCAAUCUGCUUCUGAUCCCCAAUGUAAAUGCUGGUUUAGGAGCAACAGACUUAGUGGGUUCAGAGUUUUGCUGGCUAAGAUCUAAAGGCACCAAGAAAAUGUAAUGAGAACCAGUGAUGGUUGCAAGCUCCCAGUGGUCGAGUGAAUGCCUUUUUCCAAGAUGAAAAUGUAGCGCUCAAUGGUAAACAAUUUUGUUUUAUUCAAAAGAAACAAUCUGCUUUCUUUUUUCAUGCUGGAAUUAAUGCCUGGCAAAUUCCAGUCAAGCAUCUGAGAGUUUGCUAAUCUGUGAAUAGUGCUUUUAAAUAGAUUUUCUCCUGGGGGAGUUGAGAGUGGAUGUCUUGGCAGAGCUGAGUGACACUGGUAUUUUUGUUUAUACUGUACUGAACUAUCUUAAUUUCCCUCCAUAGGCAACAUCAGGGUCCAGCUUUUAGUGCUGGUGGUAGCCCAUAGUGCUGGUGGUAAGGCCCAGCUCAAAUGAAAGUUCUAAACCUAAAUAAGCAUAGCGAUGUGGUAAUAGUCCUAAGCAUGUGCAGAGGUAGUCAUAAGCAUAUGCAGCCAGGAAGAGCCUUAGUGUGAUGAAAUUCGAUGCAUGGGGUCAUACAAUAGACUGGUAGUACACUUUAGUAGUGCAAUUGUAUUUUCCAUCUUCAUAUUUUAUUCACUAGCUAACUAUUAAUACAUUUUUGAAAAACUGACUACAUGGGAAAAAUAAUCAAAAUUAUUGUGGGGGACUUAUUGGCUAAAAGCAGUUAGCUGUACACCCUUCCCCUGAGUAUCUCUAAAAGGAAUAUUGCCCAAUUUGAUAUCCUUCCAUUUAUUUAUGGGGGGUGGGGUUAACCCAGAAGAAACACAUGAUGCUGUCCUAUAAUGAGCUAGGCCACUGGCUUUUCUAAUUUAGAAAUGCUCACUCUAAUCUGGGUAAUAUGUCAGAAUAGUGUAUUUGGAGAGCCAGCAUGAUGUAGUGGUUGAGAGCACUGGGCUCUGAUCUGGAGAACCAGGUUUGACUCCCCGCUCCUCCACAUAAGUGGCAGAAUCUUUUCCUCUACGUGAAGCCUGCUGGAUGACCUUGGGCAAGUUUCAGUCCUUGGAACUCGCUCUGCCCCACCAAGCUCCCCAGGUGUCUGUUGUGGAGAGGGAAAGGGAAGGUGGACUGUUAACCACUCUGAGACUUCUCACAGAAGAGAAAAGCAGGAUAUAAAACUCAACUUUUCUCUUCGUUUAACUUUGUUUCCUGUUAUCUUUUUAACAGGAGAUGCCAGAGACUGAAUUUAGGAUUUCUUGCAUGAAAAACAUAGGUUCUGAGCUUUGGUUCCUCCCUUAAAGGUACAAGGACUAGGUGGAAUUAAACUUCUUUUCUUAAGGUCAGCUUCAGGAGCCACAGGCAAGAAAAUGGUUCUAGAUGCUUCAGGGUGAGGAGUCCUUGACAAAAAUUGCCUGCCUACCACAGCAGUAGCUGGUGAAUAAAACUUUUCUCUCUCUCUGAGUUCCUGCAGAGUCCCUGCCAGUCAAUAGGCAAUACUGAGUUAAACAUGGUGGCUACAAGCAAGGCCUUGUUGUCCUCCAUUUGGGCCUGAAUUUAAUGGCCGUAGGCCACUUCAGAUGGCUUUUUUAUUGCAGCUAACUGAGGAGAGAAUACUCCACUCAUGUCAGCAUGUGCUGAAAACAAAGUACAGAUGAUCUCUCAGUUGUUAGAAAUUCUUAUAAUUAAUUGAAAACAGACAAACUCUGCAUAAACCUUGCCAAUUUAGGCUAGUUUUCAGAAAAUAUUUAUCAGCAUCUCUCUUGUCCGUCUCCACUAUAGUGUAAGUGGAAAUUGCUGCUUGCUGAGAACAGAACGAAAUGACUAAUCUGCUGCUAUGUGCAAGUUUUCACUGUUACUGUAAAGAAUAAAUGUUGAAGACUCAGCACAACUGGGUGGAAUUGAUUUCUCUGUGUGUCACAAGAGUAACACAGUGUUAACCUGAUGUCUGUUUGGAGGGAUUGAGCAACUCUGAAAAGACUUUUGGAACAAUACAUGUUAGUAGGAAAGAACUGGUUUAAUUAGUGGGAAAGAUUCUGUUCGUCUUCACCUGUUGUGAUGUGAUCCACAAUUAGGUGAUGUGUCAAUGUUAAGUGGCCAAGCUGCACUCUCACAUUUUCUGUAAGGUUGUUUAAAAAUAGAAGAUGGGGAGAGGGAGGCCUGCAGGGCAACGAAAUAAACGUGGAUCCUGCAUGGCCAUGUUACUAUUAAAAUUUAGAAAGGUCAGAGUGACCUUGAAGGAAAUUUUGUUCUAUCCCAAAAUCCCAGGGACUCUAAUAAAUCCAUUGGAAACUA